AUUCCCAAUCAUAAUAAUUAUCAUCAUCCUCCAUUGAAUUAAUUCAAUCUCAUGUGGUUCUCUCCUCCUGCAACUCGCUCAAUGCGCUACUCAAGGCGCUACCUCCCGUCAUCAACACUUUUCCAAUCACAACAAUGGCAAUAUAAGACAUCAGCCGCCUCAUUGCGGUGGAAUUCCUCCUUCACAGGCGACCAGUUUGCGCAGCUCGCCAGCCGAUCCUCCUCCAAGCACCAAAUCUACCAAUCGCUGUCCACAGAUCCCUACAUCAACCUUUCAAUUGAACACUUUCUCCUCCAGCAUGCGCCUGCCGAUUCUAAUAUUCUCUUUCUGUAUAUAAAUCGCCCCUGCGUCGUGAUCGGCCGCAACCAGAACCCUUGGCUCGAGACCAAUCUCCGCCUGCUACACAACGACCGAGCCACCAGGCCUUCCCCAAACAAUGAGAGUGAAACGGCGCCCCUCUAUGUCCGCCGUCGCUCCGGCGGGGGUGCUGUCUUCCACGACGAAGGGAAUCUCAACUACAGCGUCAUCUCCCCACGCGCGACGUUCACCCGGAACAAGCACGCCGAGAUGCUAGUGCGGGCCCUGCAUCGCAUUGGUGCGACCACAAUCAGCGUCAACGACCGCCACGACAUCGUGAUGCGGCUCGAGAACUCCGGAGAGAGGCUUUUGGACUUGCAGCCACGCAAGAUCUCUGGAUCCGCUUUUAAACUCACCCGGGAGCGCGCGCUGCAUCACGGAACCUGUCUUCUGGAUUCUCCCAACAUCGACCGGCUGGGCUCAUUCCUGCGCUCGCCGGCGAGGGAGUAUAUGAUUUCAAAGGGUGUGGAUAGUGUGCGGUCUCCCGUUACAAAUGUAUCAUCCGCCUUGAAGAAUGCACCAGUCUCGUUCGAAAUCCAGGAUGCUAUCGCCGGAGUCAUGGACGAGUUUGCUGGGCUGUACGGGACGUGCUCGGAUGCUGUGCGUCGGGCGCAGAGAGCGCACAUUAUGGACGAGUCGGAACUGUAUGCAGGAGAAGACUGGGUAGUCGGGACUGUGGGGGCGGAGCAGGGGUACGGAGAAGCGGAGAUCGUGAAGGGGCUUGAAGAGAUGAAGUCCCUCGAGUGGAAAUACUGCCAGACACCCCGCUUUAUCUUUUCGACCUACCCAGUAGAAGGCGAGGAUCCGCGGGAACGCCCUCCAUUGCCGGCAUCUCUGCCGCCGUCUACUCGCGUCUUUCUUCGCCUCAAACACGGAGCCAUCGUUGAAAGUCACAUCUCAACUUCCUCGGAUGCCGCUGUCGCCUCAGAGCAGGCUAGCCGCGUGCAGGAGACGCUGAGGGACCGUAAACUACACGAAAUCCAACCGGAUCAAUGGGUGCAUAUCCUUUCAACCCAUUUAGGUGCAGAAGAGGAACCGGCCACUAUCCAGGGCCUUUCAGACUUCGUUACCGAGAAAUUAGGGUGGGUCUAGAUAUGGAUAGUCUUGUACUCGGUACAAUGAUGUACAGUAGUUAUACGGUAAAGCAUAGUUGUAUUUUAGCGAUUGCAUGGGAGAGGCGUCAGUCUAGACAAUUUGAUCGUGG